AUGGUUAAUGAUGAAAUAAGUAAAUCACAAGAGACACUUACAUUUAAUGGUUUAUCGCAGGAAAGUCAAGAUCGUUCGACGCAUUCGAUGAAUGAUGACGGUUUAGAAAAUAAUGUAGCAUCAGGAAACGAUUCUGGGCAUGCGAGCAAUUCGAAUUUCUCGUCGCCGGUAUCGCCGUUAACACCAGACGGAGAGCGAGCAUCUUCUCCAGGUGCUUUCAUUAUUAUUGUUGAAAAAUCCGUCGUUGAUGAAACAGCAUCUUGUUUAAAUGAUUCAUCAUUUCAUGUUCGUAUAGUAGCACCAGGCUGUGAACCUUUUGAUUUGCAAGUUGUUCUCAAUUCAUUCUCAAUAUAUUCAUUCUUUUUACAAAAAAAUUUGAUAAAUCUUAAGGUGAACGCUGGCGAAUUAGUUCAAGAAAUCCAUCAAAUAUUACUUGAGCGUGAAUCGACCUGUCAUCGUACAUGUUUCAGUUUACAACUUGAUGGCGUUUCGUUAGAUAGUUUUACGGAAUUAAAAAAUAUUGCGGAAUUAAAAGAUGGUUGCGUGCUAAAAGUUGUCGAAGAACCAUAUACUUUGCGUGAAGCUAGAAUACACCUUCGUCAUGUUCGAGAACUAAUUCGAGGUGGUGAAACGGUCGAUGCAGUGAAUGGUAUUGAUGGAGCUUCACUUUCUUAUUUGGUCACUAUGUUAAUUGAUCGAAAGAAAGCUUUUGACAAGUCUGUGGUAUGUUCACCUCCAGAAUAUAUUAUGCCUGGCUAUAAGGAACGCCCUUUGGUACCACUCUUACCAGUUAAUAAAGAUGCAAUAUCUGCUGGUGAUAUAUUGUAUUUGACAGUUGAUACCCUAGAGGGACGUCGCUAUCAUAUAACUUGUUGUACGAAGGGUUUUUAUGUGAAUGCAACUGCUGAAGGUAUUUUCCGCCCAGCACCUUCACAAUCACAUAAAACUAUAUAUCAUUCGCUUGUGGAUCUUCUUUCAUCGAUAAGUGCUCAAUUUAAAAAGGCUAUAACUGUAUUAUUAAAAAGACGUGCCGAGAAGCAAAUUUUGGAAAGGUUACCUACACCCUAUCAGGUAGUAAGCUGGGUAACACCUUCGUUUGAACAGACAGAAGAUGAUAUUCGUGCCGAGGAUUGUACUCAGCCACAUCGUAUUGGCUUAGAGGACCAUAUACCCGGCCAGAAUCGUGACUGGAAUGAAGAACUACAAACAACGCGUGAAUUACCGCGUGAAACAGUUACAGAAAAAAUUAUUCGGGAGCGCGCCAUAUUUAAAAUACAUAGCGAUUUUGUUUUUGCAGCCAUAAAGGGUGCAAUUGCCGUUAUCGAUGGCAAUGUGAUUCCUCUUAAUCCAUCUGAAGAGCCAAGAACUCGUAUGUACAUUUGGAACAAUAUUUUCUUUUCUCUCGGUUUUGAUGUAAAAGAUUACUAUAAGGAAUCGGGUGGCGAUGCCGCAGCUCAUGCAGCUACUUCUAAUGAUCUGCAAGGUGUUCAUGCUUAUGCACAACUUGAUAAUCCCAAAUUAUUUACCGUUGGCAUGGUGAUCAUUGAUUAUAAAGGGUACAGAGUAACUGCUCAAACAAUUAUCCCUGGGAUUUUGGAAAGAGAACAAGAGCAGAGUGUUGUUUAUGGUUCUAUCGAUUUCGGUAAAACAGUUGUUACCUCAGAGAAAUACCAGGAACUUCUGGAAAAACCAGCCGAACAGUUGAAAAUAUUGCCGCACAAUGUUAAAAAUGGUAAAGAAGAUGAUAAAAUUCUCAGAUUAUUUUCUUCAAUCGAAACUAAGGGGAUCAUUGGUAAUGAUUCAAGGCAUUACAUCUUGGAUUUAUUGCGAACUUUUCCGCCUGAUGUCAACUACCUUGAAGGAGUUCAAGUUACCGAUAUUUGCAAAAACAGUGGUUUUCCACGGCAGUUUCCCCAUAAACUUGCGUCUUUGAGACAAGAACUUGUUGAUGCCUUCGUAGAAUAUCGUUACUUAAUGUUUAUUCGAAUAGCAGCGUAUCAAAUUCAGCGAAUGCGAAUUAAUUUAUCAGGAGAGAGCAGCGGCAGUAUCACAGAAAAUUCGUUUGAAAUUCAACAGAAGUCUGAAAAUAGUGAAGAAAAAAAUGAGAUUGCUAUUGAUCAGCUCAAAAGUGAAACGGUUGAUGGAAAACGGCAGGAUGACUUAUUGCUUCUUGAAACAGAAAUUGCUAAGAAGAUUUUCGAUGAAACGAUUGAAGAAGAAGUUAUUGAUAGUCGACUAGAUAAAAAUAUUUCUAAGCAGAUUAUAUCGAAAGCAGCUCAAGACGUGGGUUCGGUUUGUUCAGAUGCUUUUGAAAUUCGUUUUAACCCUGACUGUUUCUGUUCAACUGUCAAGCAUGCUGAUAACGAAGAUCUUGCUAAGCAGAGACUUCUGGUAGCAGAAGCGGCAGAAUUUUUGAUCGUCCAUCAACUGCCGAAUUUCGUUCGCGAUUGCCUUCAGCACGCAGUUUUGCCCAUAGAUGGAAUUUCACUUAUUGGUGCUCUCCACGACCGUGGUAUAAAUGUCCGUUAUCUCGGCAGGCUUGUAAAUUAUGUUCAGGAUGUCGAACAGUUAGCUUAUCUAAAGAGCAUAAUUCUGCUUAUUCAAGAAGAUGAUAUUACUGUUCUUAAUACUCAAAUUGAAACCAGGCCGUUGAUUUUUUCAACUUAUUUAUUUCAGGUUAUUUGUAUGAUCGAAUUGAUUUGUCGAAGUGCGAAGCAUAUUUACCGUGGUUACUUGCAACCAGUAACACCUUGCAGCAUUGCAGCUGCAGUCGCUCAUUUUUUAAACUGCUUGUUGAGUUCAACUACAAAUUCUGUGCUUAGUAAUGAUGAGACAAAUAGUACUUUCAAUGGUUCAAAACGGACGAAAGGUGCACGGCGAAGAAAGCAAUCCAAUGGGCAUAUUAAAGGCUGCAAUCUUUGGGCGAAUAUGUCAUCAAAAAUUUUAUGGGAGAACUUACUUAAUGAAUUUUGUUCCUAUUAUGCUUUUGCUAUUAACUGCCAGAAUAUUGACGAAUUUCUUAGGCAAAACAAUCUUCAGAAGACUUCCAUACUUCGUCGAUUUGCUCAAAUGGUCGGAAUACAGGUAUUGCUCAAGGAUUAUAAUUUAGAAAGUGGUAAGAAAUCGCCUUUAUUUCUUGAAGAUGAUAUUCAAAAUAUCUAUCCAGUAUGCAAACAUAUUGAUCCUCGAGCCAUUGAUGCAAAUAAUAUGUUUAUUGCUGGGCAAGCUAAAGUCCAACAAGGUGCAAUGCGUGUUGGAUAUGAUAUGGUUGCUGAAUCACUGAAUUUAAUGAAUAAUAUAUACGGGGCAAUGCAUGUAGAAAUGGGGCAGUGUAUGCGCUUACUUGCGCGUCUGUCAUAUAUUAUGGGUGAUCCAGCUGAAGCAUUAGCACAACAGCAUAAAGCAACAUUGAUCAGCGAACGUUGCAGUGGUCUAGAUAGUGCGAUUACAAUUACUGAAUAUAUAAAUUUGGCUCAUUUUUCUUUUGCAAAUUUGCAUAUCGUGGCGUCUUUAAAGUUACUCUAUCGAGCUCGAUAUCUUUUGUUAUUAGUCCAUGGUGAGAAUCAUCCUUUAAUUGCUCAAAUUGAUGGAAAUAUUGGUGUUAUUUUAUAUGCGGUUCAAGAAUAUGAUGAUGCGUUGAAAUUUUUGCAGAAUGCUCUAAAGCUUCAUCAGAUUUAUUCGGAACCUCUUGCACUGAAAACGGCCCUUAUUUAUCACUUAAUAGCUCGAACGCAAUCUUGUCGUGGUGAUUUCCGUAGUGCAUUACAAAUGGAGAAGGAAACAUUUUCGGUUUACUCAAAGACUUUUGGAGAGCAUCACGAAAAGACCAAAGAAAGUAGCGAGUUUUUGAAACAUCUCACGCAGCAGGCUGUCAAUUUUCAAAAACGUAUUAAUGAAGCUAAUCGGCAAGGAUCGUCGAACAUUGGGCAGCUCUUGCCUGUUGAAGUUGUUAUUCUUUUAUUUUUUAAUAUUUUAAUAAAUAUUAUUAUGAUUUCUAAAUAUUUAAAGAUCCAGAGUUUGAUUGAAAUGGUUCAUCGCCCAUCACUACAAAGUAUACUUGAAGUGCUAAAUAUUAUCAAUGGGAUUAUAUUUCUUCAUUUGAAAAAUCCAGCAGACGGGAAGGAUCUAGAGCCUUCAAAAAAUGAUUGUAAACCGCAUUAUAAAUCAGAAUCUGAUCAAUUGCCAUCAAGAUCCAAGGAGGGAUCGGACUUGCGAUCGGAAAUUUUAAAUGUGCCAUGUUCAAAGACAUUGAAUCUCAAAAUACAAGAAGAAGCACUUGACUGA